CCAAGAGCCCCCGUACUACUAUCAAUGGUACAAACCCCAAGUCGACGACUUACGAUAAAUAGAGUCCUUCUCCGCGUCGUAUCCUAUACCCAACAUCACCAUCGUCGCCCUUACACUUAUAAACCACACACCUUCACUACUUCAACAACUCCCAUCUAUUCGCCUAACCUGGCGUUCAUACGUAGACUGUUUUCAUCGAGCCCAGCUCAACUAGAAAUGGCUGCGGCAGCAAAGACCAAGGCGCAGGCCAUCAUCGACGAGAACCCUGUGGCCGUCUUCAGCAAGACAUACUGCCCAUACUGCAAGGCUACCAAGUCUCUCUUAAACGAGAAGGGCGCCAAGUUCUACUCGAUUGAGCUUGACCAAGUCGAGGAUGGCGCUGCUAUCCAGGCUGCCCUCCGUGAGAUGACUGGCCAGACCUCGGUUCCAAACAUCUUCAUCAACAAGAAGCACAUCGGAGGAAACAGCGACCUGCAAGAGAAGAAGCCACAGCUGACAAACCUCCUGAAGGAGGCUGGAGCUCUCUGAGCGUAUUUGGAAGGCUCAGAUAUUGGCACAUGACAGUCCGAGAGGAUGCAGUGCUCACGCAGCACAGGUGCAUCCACAAAACUUAGGGAUAUUGGUUAUAGAGAGUGGGGGAUAGAAUUACAACUGCCAAUCCAAGAGAAUAUGCAGCAUCUACAGCUAUCUGUUAUACAUAUAUCUAGACAUGAACCUGGGCGGCAACGGUUCCAACCGGCCUCUCUACAAACUCCAUAAUCCCCUCCACGAUGCUCUUCCUUGCCGCCUCGCUGGCUACAUGGGCGCCAGCAAGGUAAUGUAACCAAAGCGCCCUGGAUAUCCUCUCGUCAUCUACCUCGCCCAAUCGCUGCGGUCCAGCCUUGCCAGCAUCGAACCACGCCGCCAAGGAACCCUUCCCGUUCCUUGCGAGCACCAGCUCCCUUCCCUUCGGCACACUGCCGUGUCCAAACAUAGCCUUCAAGUCAGCAACCGACUGCCCGAACUUGUCGUCGCCAAACUCUUCAGGGUGCUUCCUCGCCUGCGCCGUCACGGCUCGUACGUACGCAUCUCUCAUGUGUCCAAAAUCCGUGUCUCUAACCGGCACAAUCCGGAAUAGCGUUCGAACAUUCGUGGAAGACAAGAUGUGAUUCCACACCUCCUCUCCCCCCUCCGGAUCCAUCAGUCUCUCCUUCAGGGUAUCCUUCUCCCCCGCAACGAGCGUUGUCGCAAUAGGGUCGAUCUUCUUUACCAGGGUGCGCUGCAGCUGAGCAAUAUCAUCCGUCGCCACGUACAUCCCCACCACAUACACCUGAAUGCUCAAGAACGAGACCUUCCGUAUCCCCAACCCCAUAAGCUGGUACUCCGUCGGACUCGCCAUAUCCCCCUGCGCAUUCUCACUAAUCUCCUCAUCGUCAAACUGCAUCAGCCUCGGAAACGUCGGCACCGUACUCGUCCCCGUCUCAACCGUAUCCGUGUUCUCCUCCGCCUCCUCCCCUAGUUUCUGCACCACAACCUUGCGCUCCUUACCCACCACGACCAGCGGAUCCUGCAGCCUCGCGUCAUAUCCCGGCUUCGAAUCGAGCUUCGUCGGCAGGUCGACGGACGUCGCGAUCACCCAGAUCGCGAUCAUGCCUGUUACGAAGCCAAUGCCGUUAUAGAUGCUGCGGCGCUUGUAGUACUGUCUCCGCUCCUCAGCGGCCUCGCGGAGGCGCUUGUGCUCUUCGGUGGAGGGCUCGUUGGAGCUGGGGGAGGGAGAGGAGUUGAUGGCGCGGCGCUGGAGAUGACGCGAUGGCGGGUGUGCGGCGGGGGCGCGGAGGAGGCAUUGGAGGCGGGAGGGGGACGUGGAGAGGUUUGGGAGUGUGCGCGCACAGCGCGCGGUGCGGUUUAGGAGGCUCAUGGUUGCGUGGUUUGGGUUGUGAAGCCGUAUGGGCGAUAGGUAAGGAGACGAGAAGCUUUGGUUUCUAGAGGAGGUCAGUGCUCGCUUGGAGAACGUGGGAGCAUGGAUGGGCGUCAUCGUUGAACGCCACUGAGG